AUGAAACUUCCAGGCAAUGCCACCGUGUUUCCGCUUCCAGAGCGCCUGUCCCCCUCCUGCCUCCAGCCUCUGGCCCAGAACUCGCACCUAGCAUCACUAGUGCCUGCGGCCGGCGGCAGCGGUGAAGUGGACCGGGGCCCGAGCUGUCCAGGGUCACCCCCUCCCCCUGCCGGGCCUCCCCCACCUGGCGGCCCUCCGCUAGGCCACGCGUUUCCUGCUCGCCGGAGGUGGGGGGGGGGAGCGACACUUGGGGGGGGAGGAGGGUCUCGGGAGCGCGCGCCUCAGCGGGCGGGCGGCUGGGAGGGAGGCGAGUGGGGAGAGCGAGCGGCUGCGGGGAGCAAGUCGAAGAGGCCGCGGCCAGACCCACGACUGGGCUCGGGGCUGUCCCCUGCGCUUUCCGGUCGUUCCAGGCGGCGGCUGCUGCCCUGCUCGGCUUCGCGAAGCUGCAGGACCUGGGGAGCCCUCGGCACGCCGCUCGGGCUCCCCUCUCUUCGCGCCCCCCUCCUCCUGUCCUUCUUCCUCCCCCUUUCUCGUUCCCCCUCCUCCCUUUCCCUCCUUCUCCUAGGCGUACCUUGCCGGGGACCAGUGGCUUCUUCUUCCACGACCACGGGCACGACACUGCCUUCAUUACUUCAGUUGAAAGCGUCUCCAGGUACCAGCCGGGGUGGCCAGGCGGCCCAUCGAGGCCCCAAUCGUGCCAGGCCUGCGGUGGCAUCCUCGGAUGGAUCCCCAGGGCUGGAGGAGCCUCGAGUUCUCAGCGCUGUGCCUUGCAGCCCGCCUCACGCUUUCCGCCCCGGCACCUGGCCCGGGGCAGGUACGGUCAGGAUUGAGUGUGCGGAGGAAGGGGUGCGUAAGGGAGGCUGUUCAGGACCGUGGUUUUUGGCCUGGUGGGCCUCUGCGCAGACAAGGCCUCGGUUACGAUCACGACCGGAUGGCGGCGGCCUUGCGUUAGCGGCUGCCUGAGAGAUCCGCUGAGGGGGCACCCGCGGCGUCUUUGUGUGCCCACACCGAGGGCAGGGAAGCCUUCACCAUGCUCCCCCGGUUCGGAAGCUGGAAUCGGAGCUGAAGCCCAGCCUAGGUUCUGUGGAACCUGGCUACCGAGAGAGCUCCAGCAGGAAGUUUCGGGCCGGCUCUGCCAGCUUUCCGGGUCCUAACUCGGGCUUUGACCGUGAGGAAGGAGGCUCGCUGGGGCCAAGGCUUGACUGCGGGCUGGCUUGCCAGCCGGAGCGGAUCCAGAAAAUGUUAGCCUCGCCCCCUCCCCCUUGUGCAGCUGGGUGUUUGAGAAGGGGGCUUUUCUAGCUCCAAUACAUUUUAAAUGAGUGAAAAACAAUGCCAAAUUCAAGAACUAAGAGGGCACAAACGAGUAUUGGUUCUAAAUUGUAGUCUAUGAAAGCCACCCCAACCACUCUCAAUACGGAAAACUGAGAGCAAACCUUAUCCCUGCUGCAACUCACGCACGCCUCGAGACCACAGAACUCUGUUUCCGUUCCCAGCUCAGGCUAGGAAUUGUUUUUAUUGCUCAGCCCAACAACCUGUUAUCUGAAAGGCCAGCUCCCCCGGUUCCCUCAACUCUCCUCUGCCAUUUUCUGGAUCAGGGUAUUGGAUUUACUUCAGAGGCCACGGUUUUAGGAAGACUCUCAAUUGAAAAUGCGGUGGUUUGUAAUUUCACCCACAUAUCGUUUCUAAAUGUGCAUACAACCCCCUUUCACGUCCAAAAGAAAGCAGGAGUAAAAAGCUAAAUACUCUAGCAUCCAAUCUCUGGGCUCACAAGAACAAUGUCUGCUUUGGGGAAUUUUUUUCCCUUUCUGCCCACCAGUAAACAGCUGCUUGAUACUCAA